AUAUGUAAAACAUAGGUGGCAUAAUCUACUUCCGUAAAUAAGUUGUAAUACUUUCCACUUGAUGAAAAAAAAGAAAAUAAGAUAAAAGACUAUUGCUAAAAAUUCUAUUUAAACUUAUACAAUAUAAAAAAUAUGGAUGAAGCAUUGUUAUAAUUUGAUGUUUUUUUACAGUUUAAAGUGACCAACAGAGAAUCAGCAAAUAAAGUUACCUUAUUCAGAACUGUAGAUAUUUUGAAACGCGUAUAUACAUUCCUAUGGUUGAGAUUAGUUUAACUGUCAGUUGAAAUAUUAAUUUUUCAUCUGGUACAAUAUAAACAUUAUCAAAAAGUUUGUCUGAUGAUAUGAAUAGUGAAUACGCUUAUUAAAUUUAUAGCAACAAAUAAUUGUUCUAUUAUAUCUAAGCACAAUAAAAUGACACGAAAAAAAAAGAAUCUAAAUACACUUAUGAAAAAGUCAUCAAAUUAUAAAACUACGAUUGACACAAAAAGAAAAGCGUCAUAUGACAGGUUGAUAACGUUAAUUAAGGAAAGUAAGAAAUGUCAAGUCAAGAAAGCAAAACAAUCUGAACCAAGUCAGAAAGUAUCAUCAUCUUUGUUGAAUGACAGUGUAAUCGUUUUAAGUGACAAUGAAAAUGAAGAAAGUGAAAAGGUGAAAUAUACCACUCAAGAUAAUAAUACAGAAGGAACUGUACAUUCUACACUUGGUCAACUUUUUAAAUCUUUUCAAUGCUUACGUAAAGCUAAUGAACAUGCUAUUUCGAAUAGAAUUGUGAAUAGUACAGAAAAUAAUAAAUUAAGAAGAAAAAGUAUUAUAGAAUGUUCAAGUCUUGAUACAUCAUGUUAUGAAGUCUCGGAUUCAACAAAUAUGAAAUCUAAAAUUUUACAUACCAGUUUUACUAAUGAAAAAUCUUCAAAUAAUAAAUUAAAUGAAUCUGUUGACGAUAUUGUUGUGGUAUGGUCAUCUAUAAAUAAUUCAUCGACAAAUAAAAAUAUAUCAAACAAAACAGAUAUAGAAGAAGAUAUUUCAGAUGAAGAAAACCAACCACGACUUUUUAUGUUAGAUUAUGAUGGAGAUCCUAGUAAUUUAACAUGUUUAAAAUCAGCUCCAGAAGAACAUAAUAAGACAGCUAAUGAUGAUAAUGAUCUACUAUUUAAUAAACCUGGCUUACAGUUACCUCAUUGUUGUAAACCAAACUUUUCCAUUAAUGUAGAACCACAGAAAAAUAUGAGAAAGAUCAGUGCAAAAUUUUAUGGUAAAAAAUUAAAUACUCAGCAUGUUCAAGCUGAAAAAGUGAAUGAUGCAGAGCAGAAUAAAGCUAAGAAAUUAAGAGAAAUAAUUAUUGAUGGCUGUAACGUUGCGAUGGCACAUACACAUGGCAAAUCAUUCUCAGAAGCAGGAUUGAAAUUAGUGAUAGAUUAUUUUCAACAUAGAGGACAUUCUGUUAAGGCAUUUGUACCUCAACAUAAACGAUCUCUCUCUCAUCCACUUCUUGAAAAGCUGUGGAAGGAAGGAACAGUUGUUUUUACACCAAGUAGAAAUAUUGCUGGUAAAAAUAUUACUCCUUAUGAUGAUCGGUUUAUAUUGGAAUAUGCAACGAUGUGUAAAGGCAUAGUUGUUUCCUUAGAUCAGUUCAGAGAUUUAUACACAGAAAAGCCAGAAUGGCGUGAUACUAUCGAAAAUCGAUUAUUAGCACCAACUUUUGUGGGAAAUUAUGUUAUGUUUCCUGAUGAUCCAUUAGGAAGAGACGGUCCUACGCUGGCUCAAUUUCUGAGACACGAUUCAUAAUGUUGCUGUUGACUGAGAACUAUCCUACACAUUGACCAUAUAAUAUAAAAUUUAAAUAAUUUAUAAAAUUAAAUAUUUCAAA